ACAAGCGUGUGGAGAAGUCGAAGGAGAAGCAGCCGUGCAUUGUGGCGAGGUUUAAGUUUACAGUUUGUACUGUUAUAUAAUUUAGUUUUUGUUGGGCGUCUCGGCAGCGUGUGUCUCCUGUCGUUGACUACGAGCCGUUCACACCGGAAUGACCGAACCGAGCGCCAGAUAUCAGCAGCUGCCCAGUGAGGAGGACCCAGAAGAGAGUCCACAGGUAGCAGCUGAUGCUCCACCCCCAUACAGCAGCAUCGCAGUGGACAAUGCUGCCUACUUUGACUACAAGGAAGACGGGGUUUUCCCCAAGCCUCCAUCAUACAACGUAGCAACAACACUACCUUCCUACGAUGAAGCAGAAAGAACCAAAGCAGAGUCUACUGUUCCCCUGGUAACCGGAAGACAGCCUCAUCACAGGGAACGCCUGGAGACUUUUGACGAUGUAAUUCGCAGUACACUGGAGGAUGAAGACUUUGUGACCAGAGAUGACUUUGAAGAUGCUGAUCAGUUGAGGAUAGGAAAUGAUGGCAUCUUCAUGCUCACUUUCUUCAUGGCAUUCCUGUUCAACUGGAUCGGUUUCUUGCUGUCUUUCUGUCUGACCACCUCCGCAGCGGGCCGCUACGGGGCCAUCUCAGGCUUUGGCCUCUCCCUCAUCAAAUGGAUCCUCAUAGUCCGGUUCUCCACAUACUUCCCGGGUUACUUUGAUGGACAGUACUGGCUGUGGUGGGUGUUUCUGGUGUUGGGCUUUUUGCUCUUCCUCCGAGGGUUCAUCAACUACGCCAGAAUCCGCAAGAUGGCUGACACCUUCUCUACCCUGCCCCGCACCCGAGUCCUCUUCAUCUACUGAGCCUGCAAACCCUCGGUCACCAUCAUUUUUUUUUUCUCUUUCAGUGAUGCAUACUAUCUGGCUUUAUUCAAUCAAAACAUGAGGAAGGAACUUUUUUUUUUCCUCUGCUUGACAUGAUUUGGACAAUAUGUCUAUUGUCCCCUUUUGGUGUAAAAUAGUGAAUGCUGAGAAAUCGGUAAAACCCUUCAGUUGUUAGUGGUGAACUGUCAAGUGCUAUUUUCAAUUAUGAAGUAUGUGACGUAUAAAUUAAUGCCUUAUUUACUAUCUUACUAUCUGUUGGUAGCCGCAGCAUGCGCUGUCCUCCUAUUUAGCCACCAGGGGGCAGGCUUGUUUGUAUAAUCUUUUCCACCAGUCUUCAACCUGAUGAAGUCAUUUAUCUAGAAAACGGUGGUUCUCAGCCUGGGGGCCAGUGGGUAAUUUUUGGGUUAUGGGUUGAUUUACAUUAUGUGAAAUAAUAUAUUUCAGGUAUCAGUUUUGUGUGUUUUCAACCUUUCUCACCAACACUUUUUGUUCCUGGUGAAAUAGUAUAGAACUACAGUAAUACAUGGCUGAAAAGGGAAAACCAUUCGCUUUUUUUCUUUUUUUGGAUUCAGGGGCUGAAAAUGUUUAGGAUCACUUGUAUAGAAUAUCAGGGGCCGGGUUUCCCCCAAAACAUUUUUUCCUUGUGUAUUUAAGAUUUGUCUAUGCACUCAUUGUAAUCAGGAAUGUUUUCUCCUUAUUUACCAUAAAUGUAUUUCAGCAGAGGGUGGCCAGGAGCAGAGCUUCUGGGGCAGGCUGAGGGUCACUGCCUUGCACAGUGAUAGGGAUGGAAUAAGCUGAUAGUCUGGGUGGUGCACUGGAUUCACAUGCACAAUCGGAUGGUUUUGGUCAAAUAAAUGAUUCCAAUGCCCCAUCUUAAUCACUGGCACACCACUGGCUUCCAGUGAGGCGAAAAAAAGCAUUGCAUCGCCAUAGGUGUGAUUUUGAAAUCCUGCCCAUUGAAGAAUAUACUCAUUCAGAGCAGAGACUUUUAUUUUCUUUGACAUAACAAUGAAAUAUUAAAAGUCAUUGUUUUUGUCAUUGUCAUUGUUUAUCCUCAUUCUAGUGUAAGUGGAAUGAUUAUUUUUAUUGCAAGAAUUUUAAGUAUCUGGCUUGGAAAAUGUUUGGAAUUAAACUGUAAAAGUACA